AUGACUACUGUGAUUGACCAAACCCAACAAAUUUACAACUCGGAUUACACUAUCAAAGGACAACUAGUUGAUUCUCACACACGAUGCGUCCACUACCACUCACAAUUGGACAUUAUUGCUCUCCGAUUCAAAUGCUGUCCAAACACAUUCUACCCUUGUUUCAAGUGUCAUGAUGAAUUGAACAAUCAUAGUAUAGACAAGUUUCAUGUUGGAGAUCAUGACAAGGUGGUUAUUUGUGGAGAUUGUUUUACACAAUUGACAGCUGAUGAGUAUUUGAAGAGUGGGUCAAUUUGUCCUCUGUGUCAAGGUAGGUUUAAUCCUGGCUGCUCGUUGCAUUACAAAUUGUAUUUUGAGUUUUGA